AUGGGUGAUCCACCGGUCGCCCGCUCAGAGAGGCUGUUUUCCCUGGCCUGCUCGCUGUCGGGGCUGGGGCAGGACGCCGCCAACGGGACUCCUUUGGGUCUCCAUGACGAGGACGUGGAUGAUGAGCCCCCCCCACCGGAGUCUGGCAUAGAGCUCGGACCUGGGCUGUAUUUUGCAGAUGGUCGCAAGAAAGUGGACUACGUUCUCUGCUACAAGUACAAAAAGAGGCGGGGCUCAAAGCCACGCCUUUCAGUCGUUUCCAAUGGCAGCAUAGCGGCGUCCGUGUCCGGGUUCCGGGGCUCAGAGGCGGAGCUCGGGGAGGCGGGGCUAGCAGCGGUCGAGGGGGAGGAGUCAAAACUGACGGAAGAGGAGAAGGCUGUGAUGCGGGCGGAGUUUGAAAGUGGACUGCAGGAGGCGGGAUUACACAUAGAACGGGAUAAACAGACCUCGCUGCACGGUGUUGCGUUCAUCCGUCUUCACAUCCCUUGGCCGAUCCUCAGCAGAGAGGCAGAGCUGCAGAAGAUCAAGGUGGCCGUGAAAAAGAAAUGUGAGAUGCGGGAACGGUCGGGUAUCGCUGGUAUUUGGGAUUCCGUGAUGACCAAAAUCACCCAGCCACUGCAGCCGGAUGUGUCUGACGUGGACGACCAGCAGGAUUCUAAGACGCGCGUCCAAUUGAAGACCCUCAAACACCCGUUUAUCAGAGAAAAGCUCCAGCUGUAUGACAUCAAGUCAACAGAGACAUUGUUCUGCAAUUCUACACGCAGCCGGAUAGUUGCAGAAAUUAUGUCUCGUACUACCACACAAUCCUGCCAAACUACAGGCAUCACCUCCUUAUUGGCCAGAGAUGUCUAUGACUCCGCCUUCCCUCUGCAUGACGGCUCGUUCACGAGAAGAGGCAGGAAAGACCAACGCAACGAAAGACAGUUGCUGCAUGAAGAAUGGGCCAACUAUGGAGUCAUGCAUAAGUACCAGCCUGUGGACCUGAUACGGAAGUACUUUGGGGAGCAGAUUGGGUUGUAUUUUGCCUGGCUGGGAGUCUACACUCAGCUUCUUAUUCCUCCAUCUCUGCUGGGAAUCGUAGUGUUUGUGUACGGCAUUUUAACUGUUGACACCAACGUGCCCAGUCAGGAGACAUGCGACGACCACCUGAACAUUACCAUGUGCCCUCUCUGCGAUGGAGUGUGUGACUACUGGCGACUGAGCUCAGUGUGCUCAUUGGCCAAAGCGUCGUACCUCUUUGACAACGGGGCCACCGUCCUCUUUGCUAUCUUCAUGUCCCUGUGGGCUGCGUGUUUCCUGGAGCAUUGGAAGAGGCGUCAGAUGUGUCUGAAACACAGUUGGGACCUGACCAGCCUGGAGGAUGAGGAGGAGGAAGUAAGACCUGAAUAUGAAAGUGCAUUAAAAGAGAAGAGACAGAAGAUCAGAGAAAACAAUAAGAAGAAGCAGGCAGCUCGGCCUGGAGACAACACAGACGGGGAGCGGGACCAGAUGCUCUCCACCCAGAGAGAGCCAGAGUCCUUGGACAUUGAGGAUCACCUGUCAGGCUACCUCAUCAACGUGUCCACCCUACUCCUACUGAUCGGUGUCACCUUCUCCGCCGUCUUUGGUGUGGCGGUCUAUCGGAUUUGCAUGCUGACCGUGUGGUCGAUGAACCCUGACCCCGAGGCCAAGGCCAGUGUGAGGAUGACGGUCACCACCACCGGCAUCGUGCUCAACAUGCUGGUGGUGCUGGUGUUGGAGGAGGUGUACGGAGCCUUCGCCGUCUGGCUCACCGAGCUAGAGCUCCCUAAGACUGAGGCCGAGUUUGAGGAGAGGCUGAUCUUCAAGUCCUUCUUCCUCAAGUCCAUGAAUUCCUUUGCACCUAUUUUCUACGUGGCCUUCUUCAAGGGCAGGUUUGCCGGCCGACCAGGGGACUAUGUGUACAUCUUCGGAGACUACCGCAUGGAAGAGUGUGCCCCACCAGGCUGUCUGAUUGAGCUGUGCAUCCAGCUCAGCAUGAUCAUGCUGGGGAAGCAGCUGAUCCAGAACAACGUCUUCGAGGUCGUCAUACCUAAGCUGAAGAAGAUGUACAGAACGAUGCAGGAGGAGAAGGGGAAGCAGAGAGCGGCGUGUGGGGCUGAGGCGCAGGAGCAGGGUCCCCGCAGGCCCAAGCAGCAGUUUGACAAGGACUUCGCCCUGGAGCCGUUCGAAGGAACCUGCCCAGAAUACAUGGAGAUGAUCAUCCAGUACGGCUUCGUGUCUCUGUUCGUGGCCUCCUUUCCGCUGGCUCCUGCCUUCGCCCUGCUCAACAACGUCAUCGAGAUCCGCCUGGACGCUGCGAAAUUCGUCAGCGAGAUCCGCCGGCCUGAUGCAGUGAGGUGUAAGGACAUAGGGAUUUGGUACAACAUACUCUGUGGAAUCAGCAAGUUCUCGGUCAUUACAAAUGCGUUCGUCAUCUCCUUCACGUCAGAGUUCAUUCCCCGAAUGCUGUACCAGUACAUGUACAGCGCCAAUGGCACCAUGCACGGCUACACAGAGCACUCGCUGGCCUACUUCAACAUCAGCAACUUCCCAGCAGGAAGCGCGCCCACAUCCACCCUGAUCAGGGGCGUCUCCAUGUGCAGAUACAAGGACUACAGGGACCCCCCUUGGGCCGAUGAUGCAUACACCUUCUCCAAACAGUACUGGUCGGUCCUGGCUGCGCGACUGGCCUUCGUCAUCUUUUUCCAGAACCUGGCCAUGUUCCUCAGCAUGCUGGUGGCGUGGCUGAUCCCCGACGUGCCGCGCUCCCUGAGGGACCAGCUGAAGAAGGAGAACAUGAUGCUGAUGGAGUUCCUGCUCAACGAGGAGGAGGACAAGGAGAAAGAGGAGGAGAAGGAGAAAGAGGAGGAGAAGGAGAAA